GGCCUGUCUUAAAAAAAUAUUGGCCAGCUGGCGAAACUGGCAGAACGAAUCGGAUUUGAAUGGAAGUCGGAUUAAACGGCAGUUCGCUUUUUGAAGUCAAGCAUUUGCAUAUACGUUCGCAUGCUCAGUUACGAGUUCUAGCCGGCUGAUGAUGGCUAAAAUCGCGCUUUGACGGGAAAAUGUUAAGACUUGUGAUAUACUGAGAUAGUCCCAAGGGAAUACUAUAACCCAUAUCGGGGGGAGAAGAGUGAACUUGACGCAAGGCCAGACUUAAAUCAUAGAAUUCGCAACUGAAAUGCGGGCCAACAAAUCGAGCGUGGGCGUUUGAAGUGGCAGUUAUGGCCAUAAAUACAAAUAUGUACGUUCGCGUAAGCAGGUAUUGACUGUGAGUGUCGCUCAAUAAACAUGCUGGCAGUAGAUAGCAGCAGCAGUCGCACAAUCGCAGCUGCCGAAUAGAUGUGCAAUAUUCAAGAGCUCCGGAUCCGUAGGUUGGACGCCGCUGGCCGGUGAUGUAAGCUCCGGUUCUGGCUUGCCAAUUUACCAACUGCCGAUUACCGCCGUCUAACCGCCGUCUGACCGACCGCCCGUAGAAUGUAAAGCUUCUGCAGGUCGCGAAAAACUCGCCCACCCACUGCCAGCGGCAAAAGCGUCAUCGCUGCACAGUGAUCUCUGCGAAGUUCGAUCUUGCACGCGAUGCGAAACAGUCGAAAGGCGAUCGAUGGGGAAUGCCGUUCCCUCCAGCUGAAAACGGCCAGGAUCAGAAUGCAGGAGCUGACGAGGGUUUGCGACUUAAACGGCAAUACUGGCAAAGGAGAUCUAAUGCCAGUAGCUCCAGCCACCAAUAAUUUGGACCAGCUCCUGCCCAACAUUAAGCUGGAGCAUGAUCCUGAUCUGGAGUGCUGGCUGCCCACGCCGGAGCAUCCACAACUUCGCUUGGACCUUAACAGCACCCGUCUGCUGCUGCAGGGCUCGGACGACCCCCUGAUCUCGCAUGGCUCCACCAAUGAUGCCCAUGACGAGGACCAUCCCUUCAAGACGCUGCUGGCGCGCAAAAGUGCCGGCCAUGAAACACCGCAUAAUGGAACCUGCAGUCCGCUGACCAAGCAGCAACUAAAAGCCAAUUUGUUGAUGGGAAGCCGGAAAGCAAAUAGGCAACUGCAGGAGGAACCCUCAACUCCGUCCCCUCAAAAGACAGUCAAACCAGUUCAAAGCCAAGGGCAAAACCGAUCCAGAAAGCGAGGCAACGAUGCGGGGGCCAUGAAGCUGCGAUUCCACCACCAAGCAUUGCCGGCGGAGUACGCCGCCCACUACGAGGCAACCCAGGGUCGUCAGCCACCAAGGCAGGUGCUCCCUCCCCCACCACCCCCUCCGAGUCAAGCCCACGAGAACGUGCGCAGCUGGCUGCGGAAGAUUGCCGAGAUCCAGCGAAGUGCCGAGCGCCAGCAGCAGAAGCCGUCAUCCACUCCUCGGACUAAUCCUUCAGUCUCGCGAUCUUCACCCGUUGCAGCAACGUCGGUGGUGCCAGCUAAGAGCUCCGAGGUAGCCACCGCCUCAAAGAGAAGCUCCUUAAAGUAUGCCGAUCUUCCCUACAUGGGAGAAAUCACGCUGGAUAACUACAAGCCACGACGUGGUCGGAAACCCAAGAAGGCGGACAUCUGCCACCUGAUCUACAAAAACUACGGAACCAUUGUUCCCGCAGCGGUGGCGGCGAUGCCGGUGAGUGCUGCUCCACCGGCGUCAACCUCCACGAUCGCUGUGCCACUAGAGGAGCCACUGAAUCUCUGCCUGAGAGACCAGAGCGGCGAUCGCUUCUCGAUCUCCAGCGGCGACAGUGAGAAGCCCACGACGAGGACUACUCCCACAACAACCACGGCAACGACGGAUUGUGGCAGCUCCUCUCACCGCACCACACCACUCGGUGCGGUGAAACCCCUGACUUUGGAGCUGGCCGGAAGCGACGAUCACCCCAUGUCAGCCGCCAAGUUGCUACUGCAACCAGUGGGCCUGUACUACCAGCAGCUGGUGGAGUCCUGCCACCUUGGCGGGAUGCCCGUUCCCUUGGAGACCAUCGAGAAGGACAACCAGCUCUCCCUUAAGAUACCCAUACCAAGUGGAUUCUUUGCCAACGAGACUGCGCCGCUGGCUAUGCGCAAACGCAAGCGGUCGGCCAUCUUCAUCCCGCCCAUGCCCGCGGAGCACUCAUCGAGUCCCUCUAACGAGGUGAGCAUCUGCAAGUUCAAGUUCACCGGCGGGGCCAAGCCCACGCUGCAGGAGAAGAAGAUGCUCUCGGUGGACGCCGAGGGCAACUACCGGUAUUACAACGGCACCGGGGACAAGACAAUGCGGGGCUAUGAGUUCAUCUCGCGGGAUCAGCAGCAACAACUGCACCAGCAGCAGCAGCAGCAACAGCAGGGUCAAGAGAAGCUCUAUGUGGAUAUACCACCACCCUCGACUGAUCUCAGUCCGGAGCUGCUGCACAUAUCGCCGGAGUCGCCCACGUCAACGCUGCUCCUGCCCAGCAGUAACCACUUGGUGGCCGCCGUGGCGCCACACAGUCCGGUCUCCCAGUGCUCCAGCUCCCAGAGUCCAAUGCCAGGAGCAGUGUGUCCGGGCCAGACGCAGGGCAAGUCCUCUUCGGAGAGCGAGCGCAAACGGCGAUCCUCGAGGCGAUCAAAACAGCGCGAGAAGCUGGAGAAAACCUUCAAGGAAAAGGGCUUUCUCAUCCAAACCCAACAGCUGCAGUCCGCCGAAGGUGCCACUUACUGCAAAUUCAGACAGCUGAAGAAGUUCACGCGCUACCUUUUUCGCAACUGGAAGGAUCACAUUCCGGAGAGCGAUCUGGCCAAGCACCAGAGCGGUGGACGGGAGGACAACCUGUCCAGUCAGGAGAGCCAGACCGCCAGCCAGGGCACUUAAGCCUUCCCGAAGGAGAUCCAGAUACCAGCAAACCACAAAGCACUGCCAAAGAUUUAGUUUAAGACGAGAUGAUGGGCGGUCCACCACCGGUGGGCGUUGCCAGUUGAGGGUGAAGCACACCAUCCCAUGCCGAUUCCGUCCAUGCGGGCUGCCCAACAACGCGAUCAAUGAUCCUCAGCCACGCUUCCUAGUCGUUCAUCAGUUUUUCUAGUGCCUAAUGAAAUGUUAUCGUUAACAAAUAAAC